AUGAAAGAGAGGGUGGUCCUUGAUGUGUGGAGCCUCUUGAGCCACCCCCAUGAACGUCACAGAGUGGCAGUGCUGUGGGGAGUCACUGGGACCCGCCCCCGUGAAGGGAAGGGGGGUCCUUGCUUUGGGAACAGACACCCCCCCAUUGAGGGCAGUGGGGCGACCGUGUUUGUUGGGAAGAACAAGCCGCAGAAAGAUCCCCUGAGCUCCUCCCGCUGGCAGGGCUUCAAGCUGGAGGAGUAUCUCAUCGGGCAGCCCAUCGGGAAGGGCUGCAGUGCUGCUGUGUAUGAAGCAGCAAUUCCCUUCUGUCCCCGUCCUCGGGAUCAUGUGGAGAGCAGUCAUCUCCCAGCCGUGCAGCAGGACCCUGGCUCAGCUUCCCAGGGGGCUGAAGAGGAGCCUGUAGUGAAGCACCAACCAAAAGGGGCAUUUCCCUUAGCUAUCAAAAUGAUGUGGAACAUUUCGGCUGGUUCCUCGAGUGAAGCCAUCCUGGAUGCCAUGGGCCGAGAGCUGGUCCCAGCCACGGGUGUUGCCUUGUCUGGGGAAUAUGGAGCUGUCUCUGGCCGCAGAAAACCCAUCCUUGGGAGGAAGAAGCUGCAACCUCAUCCAAAUAUCAUCCAGGUGAUCCGGGCGUUCACGUCCUCUGUCCCUCUGCUGCCUGGAGCCUUUGCUGACUAUCCUGAUGUCCUUCCCCUGAGCCUGAACCCCAGAGGGAUCGGCCACAGCCGCACGCUCUUCUUGGUGAUGAAGAAUUACCCCUGCACGCUGCGCCAGUAUCUGCAGGAGAACUCUCCAGAUGUUCACCUCUCCACAGUGAUGAUUCUGCAGCUCUUGGAAGGUGUGGACCACCUUGUUCGACAUGGAAUAGCACACAGAGACCUCAAGUCUGACAACAUUCUGGUUGAAUUUGAUUCUGCUGGCUGUCCCUGGCUGGUCAUCACCGACUUUGGCUGCUGUUUGGCAGAUGAGAGCCUUGGCCUGAGGCUGCCCUUCACCAGCUCCUAUGUGGAUCGGGGUGGCAAUGGCUGCCUUAUGGCACCUGAGGUGAUCACAGCAUCACCUGGUCCAGGCACGGUGAUCAACUACAGUAAAGCUGAUGCUUGGGCUGUCGGAGCGAUUGCCUACGAAAUCCUGGGCCUGCCUAAUCCUUUCUAUGGCCACGGGGACUCGGCUCUGGAAAGCAGAAGUUAUCAGGAGAGCCAGCUGCCAAGCCUGCCCAACCAUGUGCCCCUGGAAGUGAAGCAGGUCAUAAAGAUGCUGCUUCAGAGAGAUCCCAACAAGAGGCUGUCUGCAAGAGUGGCUGCGAACGUGCUGCACUUGAGCCUCUGGGGUGACAGUUUUGUAACAUCCAGGACCCUGAAACCUGACCAGAUGAUCGCCUGGCUGCUCUGCCAGUCUGCAGCCACCCUGCUCACCAACAGGCUGGCAGAGAAGAGCCAGGUAGAAACCAAAAUGAAGAUGUGCUUCUUGGCAAACCUCGAGUUUGAAGACCUCUGGGCAGCAAUAUUCCUGUUGCUGGCCUGGAGAAGCCAGUCUGGGUGAAGGAACUACCUGGAACACGAGCAUGCCACAUAAAUGGCACUUUUUAAAGGCACAUAGGAACCUGUCCUUUCUGUCUGUCUGGAGUCCUGUAGUGCUUUAGGGAACAAGCUGCAGGCCUGUGUUUAGGAGCUUGAGUUUCUCUCUAGCAAGUGUUAACCAUGCUGCUUUUCUAUCCCUGCUAGAGGAGAUGCCCUUGCUUCCUUACCCUCUGGGGGGGAGGGUGUGUGGACCUUGCAGGUGUCCAGAGGUAUGUGGUUGGUUUUGCUCCCAUUUGGGAAUUAAUUGACUGAGAAGUUGUAUGUUGAGUGAAGCAGAUUCCUUUCACAGGGGUGGCUGGGAGGAG